AUGGAUGGAUACGUAAAGGUUGAGGAUCAAGAUGCGUUAUUGAAGGAUGUGGAAGGGCAGAGAGAAGGGGGAGAAGGGGUGUGUGGUGGGAGUGAGAAGGGCGGUGGGAUGGGGAGGGAGAGGAGUGGGCGGAACGGGGGGAGGGAUGGGCGGUGGGGGGGUGUUGGUGGGGGUGAGAAGAGGAGAGGCACGGAGGGGAAUGGUGCGAUCGGCGAUGGUGAUGGUGGCGGUGCAACUGCUGCUGCUGCUGCUGCUGCUGCUGCUGCUGCUGGUGGCAGUGUUAAUGGCAAUGGCGGUGGCAGCAGUGGUGGUGUGGCGUCAGUGGUAGUGGAUCUGCUGGUUGGCAUUCGACUCAUGCCUAAGUCCAUGCGCCUGGUGCUGUCUGUCAUGGCUCUCACAUGGAUGGCAUGGUUUCCGUUCUUCCUAUUCGACACGGACUGGAUGGGUAGGGAGGUUUACCGAGUCACAGCAUUCUCUCUCGACCCCAUCUGCAUCCGCUUUGGUCCAGCGCUGGUGUGGGCAGCAGGCAACCUCCUGCUCGCCACCUCCCUCUUCUCCACCUGGCUGGUCACCGCCGCAGCAGACAACGCCGCCGCCGCCGCCGCUGCAGCCGCUGCUGCUAGUGCUGCAGAAGCAGCCGCAGCAGCCGCAGCAGCAGCAGCAGCUGCAGCGGCGGCGGCAGCAGGAGGAAAUAUGACAGGAGCGCCAGUACCAGCGCCAGGAGUGGGAGGAGCAGGAGGGAGUAUGAUGGUGGGAGAUGGUGUGGGAUGGCAAGAGCCGUCCACGGCUCUUCGAGCAGCAGCGCUGUCUGUCUUCGCUCUUGCUGGAGCCUCCUUUGCCAUCACAGGAGUGGUGCCAUACUCAAUCACAGCCGAUCAGACAGCAGGCAGCGGGGCAGGGCAAGCAACGCCUUCACUCUCCUCCUCCCCCUCUCCUCCUCCCCCUCUCCCCCUCCCCCUCUCCCCCUCCCCCUCUCCCCUCUCCCUCCAACUCCUUCUCUGCCCCCUCCCCUUUACCCACACAUGCCAUAUAGGGUUUUGGUUUUCUAUGGGUAUCCUCAAUCACGCCAUCGUGUGCCCUGAGCAGCCCUCUCACCUCCCCCUCCUCCCCUUUUCUCCUCUUCCCCCUGCUCCUUUUCUCCUCUUCCCCCUGCUCCUUUUCUCCUCUUCCCCCUGCUCCUUUUCUCCUCUUCCCCCUGCUCCUUUUCUCCUCUUCCCCCUGCUCCUUUUCUCCUCUUCCCCCUGCUCCUUUUCUCCUCUUCUCCCUGCUCCUUUUCUCCUCUUCCCCCUGCUCCUUUUCUCCUCUUCCCCCUCCUCCCCUUUUCUCCUCUUCCCCCUGCUCCUUUUCUCCUCUUCCCCCUGCUCCUUUUCCUCUCUUCCCCCUGCUCCUUUUCCUCUCUUCCCUCUGCUCCUUUUCCUCUCUUCCCCCUGCUCCUUUUCCUCUCUCCCCCCUGCUCCUUUUCCUCUCUUCCCCCUGCUCCUUUUCCUCCUCCCCUUCUUCCGCACACGCUACAGGGCUUUCUAUGGGCAUCCUCAAUCUUGCCAUCGUGUGCCCUCAGAUCCUAGUCUCCCUCAGAGCAGGCCCUCGGUUGCUCUCAUUGGCAUUGCCAACCUCCAAAGUCGUCCUCACCUCCCCCCGUCACCCGCACCACUCUCCUUCCACCACCCCCUCCCUUCACCCCUACCACUCUCUUCUCCUCACUCACGCCAGAACCUUGUUUCCCUCGGAAUCCUAGUCUCCCUCGGAGUGGGCCCUUGGGAUGCUCUUUUCGGAAGCGGCAACAUCCUAGUCUCCCUCGGAGCAGGCCCCUGGGACGCUCUCUUUGGCGGCGGCAACGUGCCUGCAUUCGUGCUCGGAGCCCUCUUUGCCGUGUCUGCCGCUGUGCUCUCAGCAGCCCGCCUCUCCAAGCUCCCUCGCUCCACCUCCUCGACUGGACUCAGACGAGAGCUGCCCAUGCACUGA